ACUGAUUUCCAUUAACCAAUUGUGGUAUCAAUUUGAUGAUCUGUUCCUUCUUCUGAACUAAUCAUCUUUACACCCACCAAAAUCUGGAAAGGCAAUUAAACUGAGGACGGUGAGAGUUAUUCAAGAGAAAUUAAAGCAUAAAGGUAAAAAGAGUGGAAAAACUAAGAUUAAAAAGAGCACUGAGGGGAAAAUACACAUGUGCCAAAAAGCACAGUACCAGAGCAGAUAGAGACAAAGAGGAAAAGAGGAGAGCGAGGUAGAAAACGGAUCCUGCUUAUGCCUACUCCAUCUCUCUUUCAGCACCAAGGACAGAACCUCAGAACGGCUGACCCAACCAAUGCUCAGUUUAGGGUCCCUCCCAAAUCCUCUACAGAAAAUCGAUGCAUUCGAAAGCAGCUAUGAAACAGGCACUAAGGUCUAAUAGGAAAGCUGGAAAAGCAGCACUCAAGUAAUUUCACCUUGCAGGCAAAAAUGGGUGAUUUCUUUCUAUUCAUUUGCAUAGUUUCUGAGUCCUGAGAAAAGCAAAGUUUGCUUUGCUUGGGUAUGCCUGCUGUCAGUAAAUGGCUGCAGGAGCUGAACUGGUAAACUCCUCGGUCUCCGGAAAUCAGAAGAAAAUUUUAGGAAAGAGAACAAAUAAUUAAAACUCUGUAAGUCUUAAUGAAGUGCUAAGGAGGCACCCCACAAAUGUUUCCAGCAGACUGUUACUCAGCACUGAGAAACUGAACAUCAGGACAAUGUUCAGGACAAAUGUCAUAACUGAUGAGGACCUGACCACUCUCUGUUCCUCUGACUUUUUAAAUAGGUUAUGCACUCACUCUGAAAGAUGCUAGAACAAACUAUAAAGAACAAGAUAAAUCAAUACUUUAUAAGGAAUUUAAAAGCUCAUUAAAAUGUGAAGGCCCUUGGCAUCAGGCACCUCCCUCUGGGCUAUGGCACCUCUGAGUCAGCUGAGUGGCCACCUGAAUUACACCUGUGGGGAGGAAAACUCCACAGGUGCCAGCCAGGUGCGCCCCCAUGCCUACUAUGCCCUCUCUUACUGCACGCUCAUUCUGGCCAUCGUCUUCGGCAAUGGCCUGGUGUGCAUGGCUGUGCUGAAGGAGCGGGCCCUGCAGACUACCACCAACUACCUAGUAGUGAGCCUGGCUGUGGCAGACUUGCUGGUGGCCACCUUGGUGAUGCCCUGGGUGGUAUACCUGGAGGUGACAGGUGGAGUCUGGAAUUUCAGCCGCAUUUGCUGCGAUGUUUUUGUCACCCUGGAUGUCAUGAUGUGUACAGCCAGCAUCCUGAAUCUCUGUGCCAUCAGCAUAGACAGGUACACUGCAGUGGUCAUGCCUGUUCACUACCAGCAUGGCACGGGACAGAACUCCUGUCGGCGCGUGGCCCUCAUGAUCACGGCCGUCUGGGUACUGGCCUUUGCUGUGUCCUGCCCUCUCCUGUUUGGCUUCAAUACCACAGGUAAUGAUGAUGGCUUCACUUCUAGCAUCAGUACGAUUCACAGCACACCUGAAUGUCUGGCUGUGAGUUGUGCUCAGCCUUGAAAUUUCUGACCCCGGGUCAGCAUACUUUGCAAUUAAAGGAGAAUGCCAGAGAAUGCAAAGCUUUGGCCUUUGUUUGUUAUAAAUAAAAUAUAAAUAAAACCUCAU